UCGUAUCCACAACAUGGCGUCGUACACAGUGUCAAAGUUGCCUUUGAAAAUUGUAUUAUUUCUUGGAACUGUCCGCGAGAAUAGGCUAGGUCUAAGGGUUGCCAAAUUCAUGGUGAAUCAACUGGAAAAAACUGGGCAUGACGUAACUCUAUUUGAUCCAGAAGUUAUGUCAUUCCCAAUGUUGCAUAAGCCAGUAUUCCAUUACGGCAAAGAUCGUGAAGGUGCACCUGAUUGGCUAGUUAAAGCCGAGCAGCAGGUUAAAGACGCUGAUGCCUACGUCAUUGUCAGCGGUGAAUACAAUCAUUCCAUACCCCCAGCAUUGUCCAAUAUGAUGGACUACUUUGGUGGCAGUUCAUACAGUUGGAAAGCUAGUGGUAUUGUCUGUUAUUCCCCGGGAAUCUAUGGUGGAAUGAGAUCAGCAAUGCAACUCAGAGCUUUCUUGGGUGAGUUAGGGUGCCUCAGCGUCUCAAACAUUUUUGGUAUACCUAAAGUUCAUGAAGCUUUGAACGAGAAUGGAGAACCGCUAAAUGACCACAUGGAAAAGGGAGCACAGAGGCUGAUAUCACAGUUAGACUGGAAUGCACAUGCUAUGAGAAAUCAACGUAAUAAUUUUGGCACACCUUAGUAAUGGCAUUGGUACAAAUAUGUCACAUGACAUUUUUAUCUUUCACUUUGACGAGAGGAAGAAUAAAAAUUUAAAAUGGCAUCCAAGAGAGGAAGUGACUUAGUUGGUAGGUUGCUGAGUAGAAGCAAUUAUAUUUUAUAUAGGAGUGAACCACUUAAAAUUAUGGAGUAGGCUUUGCUCACCACUUAUCCAACUUUCUUGCAUUGAAUGUAUCAAUGCAAUUUACAGGGUAUAGUAACUGUUUGGAAGAAAACAGUCUCAUUGUUUUUGCAUAUUUGUAUCAUACAUUAUAUAUAUAUAUACACACACACUAUUUAUCACAGAAAUAAAUCUGUUUGUGUGUGAAUAUUUUUACUGAAAUAGUAAGAAGAGUGUGAAUAUAAUCCAGCUUUUAAACAUUAUGCUUUUUGUAUUUUCAAUAUACACCAUCCAGAAGGUUGUGGUCAUCUGAUCGACUGUUAUGUGUUGCUGGAGUACAGACUGACAUGUAUAGGUGAUAUCUGAAUUUAACCCUAUGAUAUUAAGAUUAGUUCUUGUACCAUUUUUAAAUCAGUUUAUAAAAAACCUCUCUUACCGUUUGUAUUAGAAAAAUUAAUUAAAAAUCUGAAAUGAUAGUGAGCUGAC